AACGGCUCACUAUUCAUUGCUGGCUUGUAGAAUUCUAGAGUUAUCAGCAGUUUUAUCAUUGAAGUACUGCCUUAAUAUUGUUUCUCAUCCCAAAAUCCAUAUAUUUGAGGCAGAUUGGUGACAAGCUCGUGUUGCUUCAGUGAUAUACGUAGAAGGUAAACAAGAGGAAGUGAUUCUGUGUUGGAGGCUGGAAACGAGGCGAACAUUACAGAAGAAGAGAGAACACUUAUUAAAGGAUACAGCGGGAGGAAGAUCGAGGUGUAAAGCCCUCUAAGAAGCGAUAUAAAGCCUCAGAGGAGCACAGCAGAGGAGUGGGAGGGUGCACUAAUCAGCCGCUGUCAGUGCCACGGGAGGACAGGCAAUACACGGUUCCUUCGCCAGUCUCGCCGGGUUGAGGACGAAACUUUAUUCUGAUGCAAUGCCUCGACUGUCGGGGCUCCUCUUGUGCAUGUCUGCCUAGUUAUCACAGCUGAGUGACAUGGAAGGAGUAAAAGGUGAGCGGAGGGGUGGCAAGAGCUGGAAGAAGGAGAGAGAGGAGAGGGAGAGGAAGAAGAUCACAAACAGAGGUCCAGGAUCAGCUACCAAAGACGCUGAUGAAAAAAAGGAUGAGCGAAGAAAGGAAGAAGAGGCACUUCUGCAAGAGGAGGCAAAGAGAAAGCUAGAGGAGGAAAAAAAGCAACAAGAAGAAGCUCUGGCCAAGGAAAAAGAAGAAGAAGCAAGGAAACAAAAUGAAGAAGAAGCAAGGAGGCAAGAAGAAGAGAUGAAAAAGAGAGAAGAGGAUCAUGCCUCUCUGUUAGCAUACAUCCAAGAAACAGAGGAGCGGCUUAACAAGAAGGCUGCGUUGCGGACACAGAAUCUAGCAGUGGCUAAGGAUCGGCCAGAGCUCAACACAGCCAUGCUAGACUCAAGCUUGAAGAAAAACACAGCUUUCAUAAAAAAACUUAAAAACCUGACUGAGAGCCAGCAUGACUCCCUAGUGAGGGACCUCCAGAGCCUUAAUUUGACAAAGUAUGUGAGUGAGGUAGCCCAAGCUGUCGUGGAGGCCAAGCUCAAGAUGUCUGACAUUAACACUGCCGUCCACAUUUGCUCCCUACUUCACCAGCGCUACCAUGACUUUGCUCCGACACUCUUGGAGAACUGGCAAAAAGUUCUAGCCCUCAAGAAAGAUGAAAAGAGCAGCAACAUGAGCAAGCUGCGAGUGGACCUGAGACUGUAUGCCGAGUUGAUCGCUGCUGGGAUCUUUGCUCCUAAGGAAGGUCUCCCCCUCCUAGGCAAUGUGCUGACCACCCUGGUGGGCCAAGACAAGGAGGAGCACCAGAACAUCUCGGUGUUGCUCACAUUUUGCCGCCACUGUGGAGAAGACUACAUGGGUCUGGUGCCCCGCCGCAUCAGAAACCUUGCUGAAACCUUUAAGAUGGCUGUUCCUAAAAGUGAGUUUCUUCCCCGUGAAAGGCAAAAAAAUGUCCGCCAGUUGCUGAAAGACUACUUCACCUCUUUGACGAAACAUUUGUUUCAAGAUUACAAGGAUCUGCAGCAUGUGGAACAGCACAACCGUCGUCUUCUCCAGACUCGGGGGGAGUUAAGUCAGGAAAGGGUUCAGCUUGCGGAGAACUUGGCAAUAGGACUGUCUAAGCUCCUGGUAAAUGCCCAGCAAAUGGCAGAGCUCCUGGAUGAACCCCUUCCUGAGCUGCCUCAGGACAAGGCUUCAGGGGAUGAUCUUGGCCUUGGAGAGAUGGGCCUAGGGGAAGGUGGCGAGAUGCCUGAUGGAGGGGCUGCUACUCUGUGGGAGGAUGAUGACAUGAGAGCAUUUUACGAGAACUUCCCAGAGUUGAAGGCCCUCAUCCCAUCCAUUCUGUACAGUGACUCAGAGAAGCCGACAGCUACACCAGUGGAAGAAACUCCUCCAGAGGUUGUGCCAGAGACAUUGGAAGAGGAGGAACUGGAGGCUAUGGAGACCACAGAGGAGUGUAAAGAAGGAGAAGAAGAGGAAGAGGAAGAGAUUUUACCCCCUGACCUGCCAGCAGAGGAGGAGCAAGAGGAAGGAGGAGGCAGUGGGGGGACAGGGGGACAAGCCUCCAAUAAAGUGCUUCUGGAUGCCUUUAUCAGCGCACUUCCUAACUGCAUCAAUCGAGACUUAAUAGACAGCGCAGCCAUGGAGUUCUGUCUCAGACUCAACACCAAACCUAGCAGGAAAAAACUGGUCAGAGCCCUAUUUCUGGUUCCACGGACGAGGCUGGACUUGCUGCCCUUCUACUCACGAUUAGUAGCCACUUUGCAACCUUUGAUGCCAGAUUUGGCCACAGAUUUAGUCAACAUGCUCAAGCAAGACUUUAAAUAUCAAGUUCGCAAGAAGGAUCAAAUCAACAUAGAAUCGAAAAUUAAGGUUGUUCGGUUCAUUGGCGAGCUGGUAAAGUUCCGCAUCUUUCCCCGAAGUGAAGCUCUUACAUGCUUGCGUGUGUUGUUGCAAGACUUUAACCACCACCACAUUGAGAUGGCUUGCAACCUUCUCGAAACCUGUGGUCGCUUCCUAUACAGAACCCCAGAUUCCCACCAUCGCACAAAAAUAUACUUGGAACAGAUGAUGAGAAAGAAGACUGUGAAGGCCUUCGAUCCCAGAUACAACACCAUGAUAGAAAAUGCUUAUUUCUAUGUCAACCCCCCUGACACUGGCCCAGACACAGCCAAGAAGGAGCGACCACCAAUGCACCAAUACAUCCGCAAACUCCUCUACAUUGAUCUCUCAAAAUCCAACACAGAGAAGAUUCUGCGACAGAUGCGGAAAAUGCACUGGGAAGAUCAAAGUACAUCCAGGUACAUUAUCAAAUGCCUGUCAGCCGUUUGGAAUGCCAAGUUUUACAACAUCCGGUGCAUUGCAAACCUGGUGGCUGGACUAAUCUCUCACCACGAUUGGGUAGGCCCAGCUGUUGUGGAUGGAGUACUGGAGGACAUCCGUAUCGGCCUGGAGGUCAAUCACCCCAAGUUUAACCAGCGGCGGGUGGCCUCAGCCAAGUAUCUUGGGGAGUUGUACAACUAUCGGGUGAUUGAAAGUACCAUAAUCUUUAAGGUGCUGUACGCUUUCAUCUCCUUUGGUGUGGUAUUUGAUCCAGUGGUGGUCACAGAGUAUGAUCCGCCAGAACAUCUCUUCCGCAUUCGGCUGGUCUGCACCCUGCUCGAGACGUGUGGUCAGUUUUUCAGUUCUGGCUCCAGCAAGCGACGGCUUGACUGCUUCUUGACAUACUUUCAGCACUACUACCAGUACAAGAAGAGCCUUUGGAACUCUGAAGAAAAUCAGGAUUUCCCAUGGCAGAUUGAGCACGUAGUUCGUGACACUAUAGCUGCUGUUCGGCCGAAGCUGCAGCUAACCACCACCUUGGAAGAUGCACAGAAAGCUGUUCAAAAUCUCAACAGUCAGAUUGUGUCAAAGGCCAUUGAGCAAGUUCCAAGCUUACGACAGUAUUUAGAACCUGAAGACAGUGGUGAUACUCUGCAACCAAUUGCUGAAGAAAGCAGUGAAGGUCAGGUACCAGGGCUUGAGGGUGACUUGAUGGAGGAUAUGAUGGAGGAUGAAGAAGAGUUCGAGGAGGUGGAAGGUGAAUUAGACUGGAGUGAGUCACAUGGGGAAUCCCUCACACCUUCUCAGCAUAGUCAGCCAGGCCGGGGCACCAUGGAAGAGGAUGGAGAAGCUGGGCUUACUGGUGAAGCAGAGGAAGACCUUGGAGACGAAGAAGAUGGAGGAAGGGAGGAAGGAAGAGCACAAAUGUUAGAAGAAGAACAGUUAUUGCAAGGUGAUAUGAAGGUCAACAUAAAUCAUGUUCAGUGUGAAGAAGACAAUGACUUCAUGUCAGCGUUUGAUCGUAUGAUGGCUGACAGCAUCUUGGAGCGUGCAUCAACUGUGCCCCGCCCUGGCCAGCUAGACAUCUCCGUACCUGUUCACAUUAGGUCCACAGCCAAGAAAACUUAUGACCAACUGUUAAGUGAAGGAGCAGAAGAGGAUAGCAAGCCAGUGGUCAACUUUGUCUUUUUGACACGAGCAGGCAACAAGCAGCAGUACAACAGUGUUGAGAUGCCUGUCGACUCAGAGCUUGUCACCAAACUUCGAACACGGGAGGAGGCGGAGAGGGCAGAGAAAGAAAAAGUAAAGCGCAUGACCCUGGAAAUUAAUGAGCGACAAGAGGAAGAAGAAGCUGCGGAGAUAAUGCAACAGGCACAGCGCCCAGCCACCAUGAACUUCAAUCGAGACAGACGGCCAAAGUACCAACACCCCAAGGGAGCUCCAGAUGCAGACCUAAUCUUUGGGCCAAAGAAAAUAAGAUGAGAUGUGGCUCUUGACCACUUCCAACUGGUGUAACUGAAAAUACUUUUUGCCAAAUCAGCAUCAUUUUUGCUUUUUUUUAUGUUAUGGUGCAAGAAGGUGGCAAACCAAUUCUGUGAUGACAUUACUGAAUACAUAUGUGAAAGUUA